CAGAUAUUAUAAACGUUGUUUCAUUGACGGUGUUCGUAAUCAUCAUAGUAGUUCGCAGACAUGGAUGGGUUGUUCGACGUGUUUGAAGCUCCUGCACCGAAGAAGCGACCCAUAGCAAAGGAGAGCGAUGACAAUGCUGCUGCACCAGCUGAAAAGAAAGUGAAGCAAGCGGAGUGCGCAGGUGAUCUCAUCAUCGCACAAAGUGUGGAUAGGGAACCAUGCGUAACACAAGCAAUGCCCACUGUCGUUCAGCUGGAGACCAUGGACUCCUGUGUGCACGAGGUUGCCAUACCACCUGGAUUCAUGUACACGCCACUUGCCCAGCGCCACACGACUCCCGCCAAGGAGUACAAGUUCUCUCUGGACGGUUUUCAGCGAGAGGCACUGAAGUGCGUGGAGAACUCGCAGUCGGUACUGGUAUCUGCCCACACAUCUGCUGGAAAGACUGUUGUAGCCGAAUAUGCGGUAGCAACGUCGUUGCGUGAUAAACAACGAGUCAUCUACACCACACCCAUCAAGGCUCUCAGCAAUCAGAAGUUUCGCGAGUUGACGGAAGAGUUCAAAGAUGUCGGCUUGAUGACCGGUGAUGUCACCAUCAACCCGACCGCGUCCUGCCUCGUCAUGACAACAGAAAUCUUGCGGAGUAUGCUUUAUCGCGGGUCAGAGGUCAUGCGAGAGGUCGGCUGGGUGAUAUUCGAUGAAAUCCAUUACAUGCGCGACAAAGAGAGAGGUGUGGUUUGGGAAGAGACGCUCAUUCUUCUUCCAGACAAUGUCCACUACGUGUUCCUAUCGGCUACGAUACCCAACGCUCGCCAGUUUGCCCAGUGGAUCUCUGUGCUGCACAAGCAGCCGUGUCAUGUGGUGUACACGGAGUACCGCCCGACUCCGCUGCAGCACUAUAUCUUCCCGGCCGGUGCUGAUGGACUGUACUUGGUGGUGGAUGAAGCGGGUGAGUUCAGAGAAGAUAACUUUCAGAAGGCAAUGAGCUUGCUAAACGAUGCCCCUGCUGGUCCACAGGCAAAGUUCGGCCGAAAAGGUGGAUUCAAAGGCGACCAGACAAGUUUGUUCAAGAUCAUUCGUAUGAUCAUGGAGCGCUCGCUGCAGCCUGUCAUUAUCUUCAGCUUUAGCAAGAAGGAGUGCGAGGCGUACGCGAUGCAGCUAUCCAAGCUUGACUUCAACACAGAGGAAGAGAAGAAACUCGUGGUUGAUGUUUUCUCGAACGCAAUUGACACACUCAGUGAGGAAGAUCGACAUUUGCCACAGGUGGAACAUGUGCUACCUCUGCUGAAGAGAGGUAUCGGUAUUCAUCAUGGUGGACUGCUGCCCAUUCUCAAGGAGACGAUUGAAAUUCUUUUCGGAGAAGGACUGGUCAAGGCACUGUUUGCAACAGAGACAUUCUCCAUGGGACUGAACAUGCCAGCGAAAACUGUUGUCUUCACCAGCGUCAGGAAGUUUGAUGGCCAUGACUUCAGAUGGGUCACUGGUGGUGAGUAUAUUCAGAUGAGUGGCAGAGCUGGUCGUCGUGGUCUGGACGACAAAGGUCUGGUCAUGCUGAUGAUGGACGAGAAAAUGGAACCAACCAUUUGCAAAGAUCUCGUCAAGGGUACUUCCGAUCCUCUGAACAGUGCUUUCCGUCUCACCUACAACAUGGUUCUCAAUCUGCUACGCGUGGAAGAGAUCAACCCCGAGUACAUGCUGGAGAGGAGUUUCUAUCAGUUUCAGAAUGCCAGCUCUGUUCCAGAGCUCGAAAAGAAGCUGAGUGUGUUCCAGGACAAGCUGGAUUCCAUGGUUGUAGCACGUGAGAGUGAGAUUUCCACUUACUAUGACAUCCGGCAGUUGCUGGAUAAGCAAGCACAGCGCAUGAAGCGCUACACAACAAACCCUCGCUACUUGCUCGGAUUCUUGCAGCCUGGCCGAUUGGUUCAGAUCAAAAAUGGAGAUGAUGACUAUGGCUGGGCUGUGGUUGUUGCCUACCAGAAGAAGACAACCAAGUCCAAGGCUGGAAUUGCCAAUGAAGUGAACUAUCUUCUUGAGGUUCUGCUACACUGUGCUCUGGAUACCGCACCAGCCAAGCUAGGUCCAAAGUGGACCGUCAGCAACUUGCCCAAGCCAUGUGGUCCGGGCGACAAAGGCAGUGCUCAGGUUCACAUUGUACCUUUCUCCUACAUCAACGGUAGCAGCUCAGUGCGUCUCUACCUGCCCAAGGAUCUCAAGUCACCCGACAGUCGCGUCAGCGUUCUCAAAUCACUCCGGGAUGUGUUGGCAAAGUUCCGUGAUGGCUUGCCCCAGUUGGAUCCGGUUGCUGAUAUGAACAUCCAGGAGGAAGGUUUCAAGAAAAUCGUUGAGAGAAUUGUAAAGCUGGAAGAACGCCUCUACAAGCACUCAUUGCACGAAGACCCGGACGUGACAGAACUGUUCUCUGCAUACAGCCAGAAGCUUGAGACACUGCAACAAGUGCAGCAUCUGAAGAAGGAGAUCAGAUCAGCGCAAACCAUUCUACAGCUGGAUGAACUGAAGGGCCGCAAGAGAGUCCUACGCCGGCUUGGCUAUGCCAGUGCAGCUGAUGUGAUUGAGAUGAAGGGCAGAGUGGCGUGUGAAGUAGGCUGUGCUGAUGAACUUGUUCUGACUGAGUUGAUCUUCAACGGUGCAUUCAACGACCUGUCGGUGGAGCAAAUCACAGCUUUGCUGAGCUGCUUUUCUUAUGAUGAGAAAAGUAAUGAAGAAAAGACCAAGAUUCCCGAAGAACUGGCAGCGGCACAUCGUCUUCUCCAGGAGACUGCACGUCGUAUUGCUCGCAUCUCAGCUGAGUGCAGACUAGACCUGGAUGAGGAGACCUAUGUAUCUUCCUUCAACCCGGGCAUGCUGGAAGUUGUCUUAGCCUGGAGCAAGAAGGCAACCUUUGCGGAGAUCUGCAAAAUGACCGAAACGUAUGAAGGCAGUAUCAUCCGCUGCUUCAGGCGUCUCGAAGAGCUGCUGCGACAGAUGGCGCAGGCAGCCAAGGUCAUUGGUAACAUGGAGCUGGAGAAGAAGUUCUCCAUGGGCAUCACCUGUAUCAAGCGCGACAUCGUCUUUGCCGCCAGUCUCUACCUGUAAAUGACGUGACACUCAACAGUGUACUACUAACCUUGGGCUGGGCCUGCAUGGCGCACGCCAGUUCCUUUGCCCAAUGACCCCGUUGCCAGAUCUGAAUGCCGUACCUACUGCAGCACUGUGUGCUGAGAGAGUGAGUGCCGACCACUGCUAUGCUCUGCUGACCACUGCUAUGCUCUGCUGACCACUGCUAUGCUCUGCUGACCACUGCUAUGCUCUGCUGACCACUGCUAUGCUCUGCUGACCACUGCAGGAAUUAAUCCAACCUGUACUGCUGUAGACUGCUGCCGCUACCAUGCCGCCCGCAUGCGUGCUACAAUUAGCUGCACCGUUGAAUGCGACCCUCGCUGUGUGGCUGUGUGGCCCACUGUCAACAUUACUAUCGGUCUCUCAUGCAUGUGCAAGGACACCUGGUCAUUCUGGCCCCAUGGAAACUGGAAUACUUUUUAAUUAUCAGAUUGCGUUCAAAGUGACAAAGAGGAUGAGCGGACCCUGCAUUUUCUUUCGUGACGUGGCUAUUGCCUCUUUCCAGCACAAUACUUGUCAGUCUCAGCCACUUGUGUACUGUAUUUGUUGUUGUUGUUAGAAUGGACUCGGACUCGGUUGUUGUUGUUGUUUAUUUAUUUUACAUCGCAUGUCAAACGGG